AUGUCUUCCUCUGCGUGGGUGAUUUGUUUUGUUUCCAUCCGUUUUGAUCUUGAUAUUGGCCCCGUUAUUGAUCAUGUGGUCCCAAGUGAUGCCCUCAGUGAUGAGGGAAAACGUAUUCUCACACAAACCGCCUUUCCCGACUGCAAUCCAGAGAGUGGACAUGAUCUCAUCUUUUUCUUUCACAUGAAGGACGUCACCGCCGCAGCGGCGAGAAGUCAAGCCGAGACAGUUGUAGCCCCCUGCAGAAAACAAACCGUCUCUUAUAUUCAUGGAGCUACAUACUACCGACAGAAACGAGAUCCAUCAGUGCCGCGAGGAUAUGUACAACAGGCAUUUGUGUUACUCUCACGAUUACCGUAUAUGGCUGUGCAUGAACUUAUUUUACGUGUGGUCGUCCCAAGACUCUGUCAAUGUUGUGAACUUUCACCUGAUAUGGAUAAGGUACCUGUGUUAAGUGCCCUUUCACCUAUUCCAACAACAUUCUUUGAAGUGGAUUCCUCCUUUAAUCCUAGUCAAUAUUCACAGAAGGAAGUAUUAGAAAGAGCCAUAGAAGAAAUUGAGGGAUGGCCUUCACCGCAUCCACACGUACAAUAUAAUGUUACUCUUCUUUAUCAACCAUUAACAUUUGUAACUCCUAAAAGAUGUUUACAAAAAAUAGAUGCAGAAAUUAGUCCAGUGAAUAGACAUGCCAUGCAUUUGGAUGAUCGUGUGGCAUUUUUAGGAAGUAAACAUCAAUCCGUUGGGGCACGUGAUGUUAUUCCUCUCUAUGCAUUAUUGAGUGAACUUCUUCGUCAUUUAACACAAAUAUGGGAAUUACUUCUUUGUCAUGAAUCUAUUUUUAUUUGGAGUAAUACACCUUCAAUGGCAUCUGCGGUAGCAGUGGCUGUCGCUUCUCUGGUUCAACCUCUUGAAUAUAAUGGGAUAUUACGUUCAUACUUUACAGUACAGGAUGAGAUAUUUAAUCGAUUUUCUCGUAUGGGAAAAGGAAUUCCUUUCUCAACAACAGAGAGUAUUAUUGUAGCUGGAACCAAUCCAUUUUUUUUCCGUGCCUUUGAUGGAUGGCAUAAUAUACUUACAGUUGUGGAUAGACAAGCGCGUAGUACUGGUGGGGCCAUCACAGUAGAAGAAAAAGGUAAUAAUGGAAAUGAAUGUACCGAUGCGAAUACAGGGAAUGGGAUGAAUCCAAUCACAAUAACAACAACAACAACAACAACAACAACAUCCUCAACAACAUCAUCCUCAACAGCAACAACACCUGUAAGAAGAGGAGAAGGUAGUGGUAGUGGUAGUAAUAAUAAUAAUAAUAAUAAUCAUCAUCAUCAUAGUGUAUCCCCUAAAGGUAUACCAUUAGUGAAUGAACACAUGACUCCACCAGAGAGUCCCCGUGUGUUUACGUACAGAAACUUUUUUCCAGUCUUAACAGCAGCAAGACAAAAUACAUCAUUUCUUCCUAUCAUGUCAGGUGGUGGAACUGGAGAUAAGUGUUUUAAUCAUCACAAAGUAGUUAAUAUGUUUAAGUCUACCUAUCCUUUUCUGGUGGAUCAUAAAGCCCAGACGGCCAUUCUUCUUCAUCGAUUAGAACAAGCAUCACGUUUAAAUGCAGAAGCCCAGUUAGCUUCCUUAAACGCUCAUGUAUGGAAUGGAAUUAGUCAUUUAGAAGAAUGUACAAAUAGUUCAGAUGUGACGGAUUGUACAGAUCGAAUAAAUACUGAAUCCGAUAGUGCACAUAUUUUCUCUCAGUAUAGUAUUGCCGAUGAUAUUGUUCGAAAGUUUUUCGUAACCCUCACAAAAGAGUUUAUUAAACCUGUGAAUGCCUGGUUUCAAGCCAUGACCUCUCCACUUACUGUCUUUCAUCUCUGUGAUCCUGCCACUGUAUGUGCGUUAACUUCAGAUUCUUUUCUAAACUUUUUAAAAGAAAAUCGUGAGAGUGUUCCUUCUUUUUUGUCGUGUCAUCCAUACAAGACGUAUAGUGUCAUGUAUGAACGAUUUGCAAAAGGAUCGCUUUUUCACUCCGUCGUUUGGCAACUCGUUGAAACGAAUAUUCGACAAGGAUUGGAAGAAAUGCAGGUGGAUGUUUGGGCAAGGGAGUAUCCCUCAGAGGCGGAGCGUAUUGAUAUGUUUAUUAAUUUAUAUAAACUUGUUCAACGGGAAGUGACCCACUCUAUUGAUCCAGAUGUUGUGUUUGUUACCAUGGCGAUAUCUGUUUUAGCAGAAAUGGUGGCGUACGUGAGUGAGCCCCUGCGGGAUCAGUUUAUGCUGAAAAUACGGGAAUUGAAGAUAUGA